UGUAGUACCCUCUAUUAACUAUGUCGUAAUAGGCCACGAUGUUGCAUAGGCGUAUGCGUGGGCCUAUUCUUGACUCGCACUAUAUAUAUAUACAAGGUCGUUAAGUUUUGAGGUCAUCUCCCAUAAGUUGUUUCCUACCUACAUAGCUGAAGACUUCAUACCGCACAGAUUUUAAAAAUAAGCGGUCUCCUGAAUAAUCUUGCAAAUUUUAAGUAACAAGACGAUCAUGUUGUUCAUAGUCGUUUUGGCAAUUGUAACGUUUGUUUCAAUUUUACUGAUUCUUCCAAUUUUUUCGAGAAGGAACACAGCCACGUUAAACAUAAAGGAUAAAUAUGUUCUGAUAACCGGCUGUGAUUCUGGGUUUGGGCGAGAAACAGCAUUGCGAUUGGACAAGAUGGGAGUGUGUGUGUUGGCGACUUGUUUGACGGAAGAAGGAGAACAGAGUUUGAGAUCUGUGGCGAGUGAAAAACUGAAAACUUUCCAGAUGGAUGUUACAGACCCUCAGCAAAUUGAGGCAGUAUUUUUUAAAGUAAACCAACUCCUGGAAGGUAGUUCAGGCCUGUGGGGACUGGUAAACAAUGCUGGAAUCCUAACAGUUGGACCGGUCGAGUGGCUACCGCUUGACGCCUACAAGAAAGUUGCAGAUGUUAAUUUGUGGGGCCUGGUCGAUGUGACUAAAACAUUCUUACCAUUGAUAAAGAAAGCGAAGGGACGGAUUGUCAUCGUUAGCAGCAUAGCAGGUGUUAUUUCACCUCAAGCGUUCUCACCGUAUUGCAUAUCCAAGUAUGGCGUGGAGGCGUUUGCAGAUGCACUGAGACGCGAGAUGCGCCCAUUUGAAGUCCUGGUCAGCGUAAUAGAGCCGGGUGCGACACGUACUCCAAUUUUAAACGACGUCUUGUUGUGUGCUCGCCUCAAACAAUUGUGGGACAAUCUAUCAGAGGAGAAACAACAGGAAUACGGUAAAGGAUAUCUUGAAAACGCAACAAAGGGUUUUCGUGACUGGUGCAAAUCUGCAUCUAAGCAAGUGAGUCGCGUCAUUGAUGCCAUUGUGUUACCUCUGACAUCACGGAGUCCGAAGAAGUGCUACGUGAUUGGCCAGGAUGCAUGGCAGCUGAAAUUUCUUUCUCACUUGCCAGAAGUACUUCAGGAUUUUGUCCUGAGAGAAUUUCCGUUUAGGGUGGUGGUUCCUUCUGGCCGAGAUUUGUUUGAAAAAUCUUCUACGAAUGGUUCAGCUCAUUGAAAAUUCCAUUGAAGAAAUUCCACAGCCCCAGAACUUCAAUGCUCUCUGUAACUCCAGGAAUUGAUUAACAUGUAACUUCUUCCCUAUCAGGGCUGUAGCCAGAUUUCAGGACAAGACUAGGCAAGUUUUGAGCGCCAAAGGCACAAGCUGCUAGAGGGGUCUGGGGGCAUGCCACCCAGAAAACUUUGAAAUUGAGAGGUUUAGAAAUGCUCUUUUAAGGAUUUUCCGUGGCAUUUUUCUGCAGAAAAGUCAAUCUUUAAGA